AAAAUAAAUUAUCGGCAUCAACAUAAACUCAGUCUACACUGACCGGGGUAAAUGAAAGUUCACUUCCUGUCAGGACAUAAAUUGGUUAGAUUACAUCUAGAACAUAACUGAAUGUGAUCAAACAGGCGCUCAACAUGAUUAAAAAUUUAACACGUGGAAUUUCUUAACUUAUAGCAUAGCUGUCUCGGUUUCUCCAACCAAAGACAAACAUGACCGUUACUGAUGACCCGGAGCCCGAUGACGCUAAGAUGUCGGUCAUUGACGGCUUAAACCACGACGACGGCGACGACGGAUAUAUGACGGUGGACAGCAGGGAUCAGAUUCUUGAUCAUGCCGACAUAGAGUCGGUCCACGUGGAAGUGAGAGGCGAGAGCCCGGAUGUACCGGAGGUGACGACAAGGGCGGCAAAGGCGCCCGACGGAGGUUGGGGUUGGUGUGUGGUUCUUGGGGCGCUUAUUAUGAGAACCGUCAUAGGUGGGUUUGGCCGCUCACACGGUCUCUUCUACCUGAGGUUCAAGGACCGAUAUGGCGGAACUGCGACCGAGACGGCACUGGUGACGUCACUUACAGGCUUCGUGCGCAUGGCAUCAGGUCCAUUUGUGAGUGUUCUCAGCGGCCGCUUCUCAUGUCGCUGGAUUACCGCCAUAGGGACUGUGGUCCUCAUGGCCGGCGUUGUCAUGACCGGAUAUUCCCCGAACCUGCUGUUCCUUUACUUCAGCUAUGGCCUCGUUGCAGGUCUCGGUAGAUCCUUGGCGAUGACGCCGUGUCCGAUACUGCUGGGGUACUACUUUGAUAAGCGUAGGAGCCUCGCAUUCGGUAUUGCGUCUGCCGGGUUCAGCAUAGGAGGAUUUGCGAUCACUCCGCUGAUAGAACUACUAUUCCAGGAAUAUGGCUACUCGGGUGCAUUUCUCAUCCUCACUGCCUUUACCAUGAACAUUUUCGUAGCUGCAGUCUUGUUCAGAUCAUUACAGGCAGAUAGUAAAAGGGGGAAGUGUUCAAAACAGACUCAAGUGGACUCAGAUGAAGCAAAACAAGCCCUGAUUCAAACAGCAAUAGUGAGUAAUGAACUACGUCAAAGUGACGAUAUAGCCGUAAAUGGUUCUGCAGUGAAUGGACACGUUGAAGAUGUAACCAUCGCUCUGAAGACGUGUGAUAACAAUGUGGCUAUUAGCGAUCUCGCAUUUACUAACGGUCAGUCUGAAAAUAUUGGAAUAUUACUUGAAGACAAGUCUGCAUCUGCAAAAACGUGUAGUUUCUUUCCUAAAAUAAUUACAAUUGAGCUUGCUACUACUAACGAGAAGAAAUCAAUGCCACACGACGAAGUGACUAGUCAAACAAGUAAAUUAAGCGUAGACAAAACAGCUUCCGAGAACGCUAAAAUAUUUGGAGCCGAGACUGACACUACAAAUGAAACGUCCGAAGACGAGACUCAAACACGAAAUGAAGAAGAUGACAAUAAAAAGAAGCAAAAAUGGAUGUCCUGGUCGAUAUUGAAGAACCCGAGGUUCAUGUGUUAUACGUUCGCCAUGUUCUGUUUCUCGCUUCCGGCCUCCGGAACGUUCUUUCCAGCGUUGGCCAAAUCGAAAGGUUGCACUGAGAUUCAAGCAGCCACCAUACUAUCUAUAAGCGCCGGAUGUGACAUGGUUAUACGGGUUAUCUCCGGGUUCGUCCUUGACCUCGAGUUUUUCCGGAACAAGCGCCCCCUGGUAUUCAACAUCGUGACCUUCUUUCAAGGGUCCGUGCUCUUCCUGUUUCCCAACAUGACCAGUUUUUCCGGGUUCGCCUUGCUCUCCGUACUUGAGGGGGCUUUUACUGGCAUUAAAGAGGCGCAGGGCAGUGUUGUGUUACUAGACAUGCUGGGCGUGGACAAGUUCGCCAGCUCCCUGGCCGUACAGAUGGCGGCACAGUGCGUGUCGCUUCUGGUGGGACCUACCAUUUCUGGACGACUGGUCGACAAUUCAGGGUCAUAUGAAGGCGCAUUUAUCUUCGGUGGAAGCUCAAUUUUAUUAGGGGGUGUUGUCAUGGCAAUCGGAAAUAUUUACAAUAAGAUCGCAACGAAAAGAUCCAACCUUGCGGGGAAAUAGAAGGGAAAAGAAGAGAAUUGACUAAAACUGAAAACGAAAUUUGGAAACGAUUGUUUUCAUGCCCUUGGUGCCUAAAGUAUUAUAUAAUGAUUCAUUAUUAAACAAGAAUAUCAGUGAAACUGAUGGAUGCUCCCAGAUGAUGCGCUUUGUCAAUGUAUGUGUUAAUAAACACCUAAAACAUC